AUGCGCUUUCUUUCUGAUCUUUCCAACUGUGGGGUUAUUGACCCUGGAUAUUUGCUUAAUAUGUUUGAAAAUUUUGCUGAAGUGACGAUAGAUACAUGCGCUACCUCUCAAGCAAGAAAUGACUGACGCCGGCAGAAAGCCCAUGUUUCCCUCUUACGUGUCUGGGAUAGUGACGAUCCGCAUCCCCAGGAGGAUUAUUUAGAUUGCCUUUGGGCUCAAAUUAUGUAUUUACGAUCCUCAGGAUGGAGAGAAAAGGUGGUCUGGCGCAUGCAUGAUGCACUUCCUUUACUCAAUGAAACUGGCACUGUUCACAAGUUUGCCCCGAUAACUCCUCCUGAUUAUGACUCGGAUCUCAUUUAUCCUCUGCCUAGCGUGGUAUUCCGCAUGUUUGACUAUACUGAUGUAAUGAACCUCGACGACGAUGAAGACGUCGAAGGGACUUUAGCUAAUGUCAAGUCUACUCCGAUUCUUCCAGGAGCUCAUACAAUUGAGCGGUUUUUAAUUGAUGAAGAGCUGUCCAUUUUGAUGGAAACUCUUAACUUUAAUCGUGUCAUGUGGUGGGUCCCUUAUUUAUUUAUUUUAAUAUAA